AUGACGAAGGAAACAGAUAUCAAGUUCCAAGCAGAUGCAUCAUCGGAGAAUGAUGUACAAAUGGGUAACUUCACAAUUGAUCCAGUGCGCGAGAAAAAGCUCCUGCGCAAGCUUGAUCUUUGCAUUUGCCCCUUGGUGAUGCUUAUUUUCUUGGUUGCAUACCUCGAUCGUAGCAACUUAGGGAACGCUGCUGUUGCAGGAAUGCCAGAAGACAUUGGUCUAGUUGGAAAUGAACUCGGAAAUGCGGUUUCUUUGUUCUAUGCGACUUAUGUCUUCUUCGAAAUUCCAUUUUCCAUGCUUCUCAAGAAACUACGCCCGAACAGAUUAAUCUCUGCACUAAUCAUCGGCUUCAGUGCUUCAGUUCUUGCUGGAGGAUUUGUCAAAAAUGUUGCAGGGCUUUAUAUCACAAGACUUCUCCUCGGUGUUUUUGAAAGUGGUCUAUUCCCGUGCUUAACCGUUCUGUUGACAACCUUCUACAAGCGUGAAGAGCAAGCCCAAAGAAUCUCAUAUCUUUUUGUGUCUGCUGCUUUGAGUGGAGGAUUUGGUGGCCUUCUUGCUUUCGGUCUGAUUCGCUUGGAUGGUGCUGGUGGUCUAGAGGGUUGGAGAUGGCUCUUCAUCGUGGAAGGACUUAUGAGUGCCGUUGUUGGCAUCGCCACGUUCUUCCUUCUACCGAACAACUAUGAAUCUGCCUACUUCUUGAACGAGGACGACAAAGAGUUGAUGCGGUUGCGCAUGCAGCAGAAUGCGCGCUAUGCUGAUACUGAAGAGUUCAAUGUCAAGGAAGUAUGGAAAACGUUGAGAGACCCCAAGAGCUGGCUCACCUCAUUCAAUCAAAUCUGCGUCAACACCUGUUCCUUCGGCUUCAGCACUUUCCUGCCGACAAUCAUUCGCGGAUUUGGUUAUGAUUCCGUUCGGACUCAGUUGCUCACGGUUCCUGUGUAUAUCUGGGCUUCGGCUUUCUAUUUGGGAGUUGCAAAUCUAUCUGACCGAGUUCGGAUGCGAGCUAUCUUUAUGGUCCCGUUAUGUCUGGUCACGGCUGUUGGAUAUGCUUUGUUGUUGGGAGUCGAUAUCCAUGCGCGUGGUCCACUAUAUUUUGCGACUUAUGUCUGUGUGACUGGAAUCUAUGCUGUUGUUGGCCUCGGAGUUAGCUGGAACGCUAAUAGUCAUUCGGGUUACUAUAAACGUGCCAUGGCUGUAGGCCUUCAGCAAUCUAUUGGAAAUUGCGCCGGCUUAAUCGCUGGUCAAAUCUAUAAGUCGCCGACUAACGGGCGCUAUUUAAUUGGGCAUUCUGUUUCGCUCGCUACUAUCUGUCUUGCAUUCUUUGGAAAUGCGGGAAUGUGGCUUCUGCUGCGAUAUCACAACACCAAGAGGGCUCAGAUGUCUCCAGAAGAGAGAGAGAGAAUUGUGAGCUCAGGAUCCUAUGAGAAGAAGGGUGGGGACUUCCAUCCGGAUUUCCGCUAUAUCCUGUAG